AUGUCUCUGCAAACACCCCAGGAGUCGCACCAGUGCGACGUUCUGCCCGCCCCCCGCCUGGCCGCCUCCUUGCAAGCUGAUCCCGGCCGCUCCCCAUCGCCGCCUGCAUCGUUCGACAGUGCAUCAGGUACCACCAAUACGACGUUCAUGUCCGCCGAACAGUCACCGGACGACGCCCAAAUGCAAGAUUCCUCAUUGCACUCGUCAUCCCGGCUCGCACCCGCAACCCGCAAACUCUGCGUUCGCCAUCAGCGCAUGGCAGACGAAGGCACCAAUAUCAAACUGCAGCAGUCCCUGGAUGCCCUUCCGGUAGAGGAACGCGAAACGGUCAAUGCGAUCUGGUCCAGCUUUUCCUCCUCUCCACACCCCAGGAGAGAGCUCAUCCUCCGGGGCAUUCUUACAAUGUGCUGCUUCUCUCAGCUCUCCCUCCUCACCGAACAACUCAGCCAACUCAUCCGCAUCGAUCCCUUCACCGUCUUGCCCCGCGAGAUAUCAUUCAAGAUUCCUCGCAUAUCUCGACGCGACUUCCCUCUGCAGAGCUGCACAAACGAUAACAUUCUCUGGCGGGGAAUAUGCGAACAACAUAUCGGCCAAAAGUGUCAUAAAUGCGGGUGGGGAUUGCCUGUCUUGGAGAGAAGACGCAAUCGUAGACUUCUCUCGGCGUCUCCUCUCAGUCCUCCGCCACCAACUGCGCCCAAGCGCGAAAUCACUGAUCCCACCUCCAGUCGACCAUCCAAACGUCUUCGUGCACAGAUGGAUCCCCACUCUCAAGCGGUUGCGGGAAGUAGUCCGUCGCCGCCCGCAUCGCGAUCCUCUUCGCGGUCCAGUCGUCCUGGCGCUGAUCCCCCCGAUCCCACCCAAUCUCCCGGGGCUCUCACACGUCCAUGGAAAGACGUCUACAGCGAACGUCUGACAAUAGAACGGAACUGGCGCCGCGGCCGCUGCCAAGUCCGCACACUCCGUGGCCAUUCCGACGGGGUCAUGUGCCUUCAGUUCAGCGAGACCCUGCAGCAUCCCUCCUUUCCGAUCAUCAUCACUGGUUCCUACGACCGCACUGUGCGCAUAUGGAAUCUAGAGGCCGGCACAGAAGUGCGGUGUCUGCGGGGCCACACCCGUGCCGUCCGUUGCUUACAAUUCGACGAGGCCAAGCUGAUCACCGGAAGUAUGGACCAUACUAUCCGCGUCUGGAACUGGCGCAAGGGCGAGUGCAUCCGAACACUGAGGGGCCACACUGACGGCGUAGUUUGUGUCAAUUUCGACGCAAAUGUUCUCGCCAGUGGGAGCGUCGAUUCGACCGUCAGGGUGUGGAACUUUUGCACAGGCGAGGCAUUCACGCUUCGUGGACACAGAGAUUGGGUCAAUGCAGUAAAGCUAUGGGACGCAACGGGGUCAACGACUCCACAGGUCGACCCCUGCGAAUCCCCACUCAGGAUUGGCACCGGGAAGAUGUUGUUCUCGGCCUCGGAUGACGGCACCAUCCGUCUGUGGGAUCUUGCCAGACGCACUUGUGUCCAACAAUUCGCUGGACACGUCGGGCAAGUACAGAGCCUGAGGCUGCUUGAAUUGGACGAUGGAUGCGACGAAGACGUGAACGUGCGUGCUUUAAACGCCGUUCGCAUCUCCGAGAGCGCUGUCCCAGACAAUUCUGAUUUCGACAAUUCGGAUGCAUACACAGUCGUCAUGCAUAAUGACACAGUAUCGCCGGAUCACGGUCAGGAAGGGAACGUCAUCCAAGGCUUGCGCUCUGGGUCACGUUCCAGGAAACCAGUGUUGGUGUCGGGGAGCUUGGACAACACUAUCAAAGUUUGGGAUGUCGAAACUGGCCAAACAGUCACAACACUCUUUGGACAUAUCGAAGGCGUGUGGGCCGUGGCCUGUGACAAACUCAGACUGGUUAGCGCAAGUCAUGAUCGUACUGUCAAAGUAUGGAACUUGGAAGAAGGAAAAUGUACCGCAACUCUUUCUGGGCAUCGGGGUGCAGUGACAUGCAUUGCUCUCGGCGAAGACAAGAUUGUAUCUGGCAGUGACGACGGAGACGUCAGGAUAUGGAGCUUUAGUGGUUGA